GUACUCACACCCUCACACACACUCUCCGGUUAACCAGAAGUCGGUUGGGUGUUUAUAUAAUGAAGAAUUAUGGGGCUCUUUGAUCGAGGUGUUCAAAUGCUUUUAACCACCGUUGGUGCUUUCGCCGCCUUCAGCCUGAUGACCAUAGCUGUGGGAACCGACUAUUGGCUCUACUCCAGAGGGGUUUGCAAGACGAAAAGUGUAAGCGAGAAUGAAACCAGCAAAAAGAACGAGGAAGUUAUGACCCACUCUGGAUUAUGGAGAACCUGCUGCCUAGAAGGGAACUUCAAAGGUCUGUGCAAGCAAAUCGAUCACUUCCCAGAGGAUGCAGAUUACGAAGCUGACACAGCAGAAUAUUUCCUCCGGGCCGUGAGGGCGUCGAGUAUCUUUCCUAUCCUCAGCGUGAUUCUGCUCUUCAUGGGUGGACUGUGCAUCGCGGCCAGCGAGUUCUACAAGACUCGACACAACAUCAUCCUGAGUGCUGGCAUCUUCUUUGUGUCCGCAGGUCUGAGUAACAUUAUUGGCAUCAUAGUGUACAUAUCUGCCAAUGCCGGAGACCCCUCCAAGAGUGACUCCAAAAAGAAUAGUUACUCCUACGGCUGGUCCUUCUACUUCGGGGCCCUGUCCUUCAUCAUUGCCGAGAUGGUCGGAGUGCUGGCCGUCCACAUGUUUAUCGAUCGGCACAAACAGCUGCGGGCCACCGCCCGCGCCACGGACUACCUCCAGGCCUCCGCCAUCACCCGCAUCCCCAGCUACCGCUACCGCUACCAGCGCCGCAGCCGAUCCAGCUCCCGCUCCACCGAGCCCUCUCACUCCAGGGACGCCUCCCCCGUGGGCAUCAAGGGCUUCAACACCCUGCCCUCCACGGAGAUCUCCAUGUACACCCUCAGCAGGGACCCCCUGAAGGCCGCCACCACGCCCACCGCCACCUACAACUCCGACAGGGAUAACAGCUUCCUCCAAGUUCACAACUGUAUCCAGAAGGAGAACAAGGACUCUCUCCACACCAACACAGCCAACCGCCGGACCACCCCAGUAUGAAGCCCGCCGG